UCAUUUGCCAUGACUCUAAUUGGCGCCUUCUAUUUUCUUUUAAAACAUCACCAUUUCCCUCUCCGCUUCCGCUCUCAUUCUUCAAUCACUCGCAACUCACAAACCCUUCACCAACUGCCUUCAUUUUUCCGUCUCCUUACUUCUGAAACAUCAUCCAAUUUUGGAAACUGUAUCAGCAAAAACCGUUAAAAACAUGGCUCAGCAACAGCAGCAAAAACAACAACAGCAACCUGAUGAACCUGAUGAAAUGCCACAUGGCCCUUUCCCUGUUGAACAGCUACAGGAGUCUGGAAUUGCUGCCCUUGACGUAAAGAAGCUUAAAGAUGCUGGUCUUUGUACAGUCGAGGCUGUCGCCUACUCUCCCCGAAAAGAGCUUCUUCAAAUUAAAGGAAUUAGUGAAGCUAAAGUUGAUAAAAUCAUUGAAGCAGCUUCUAAAUUGGUGCCUCUGGGUUUUACUAGUGCUAGCCAACUCCACGCCCAGAGGUUAGAGAUAAUUCAGAUAACUUCCGGAUCAAGAGAACUUGACAAAGUAUUGGAAGGAGGAAUUGAGACGGGAUCCAUUACUGAGAUCUAUGGUGAGUUUCGUUCCGGCAAGACUCAGCUGUGCCAUACACUAUGUGUCACUUGCCAACUUCCAUUAGAUCAAGGGGGCGGGGAGGGAAAAGCAAUGUACAUUGAUGCUGAGGGCACAUUUCGGCCACAAAGACUCUUACAAAUAGCAGACAGGUUUGGGCUGAAUGGUCCUGAUGUUUUGGAGAAUGUGGCUUAUGCUCGUGCAUAUAAUACUGAUCAUCAAUCUAGGCUUUUGCUUGAAGCAGCUUCUAUGAUGGUAGAAACAAGGUUUGCUCUUAUGAUAGUAGAUAGUGCUACUGCUCUAUACAGAACAGAUUUUUCGGGAAGGGGAGAACUGUCUGCUCGACAAAUGCAUCUUGCCAAGUUUCUCAGGAGUCUUCAGAAGUUAGCAGAUGAGUUUGGAGUGGCUGUUGUCAUUACGAAUCAAGUAGUUGCACAAGUAGAUGGAUCAGCUCUUUUCGCUGGACCUCAAAUCAAGCCUAUUGGUGGCAAUAUAAUGGCUCAUGCUUCCACAACAAGGCUUUCUUUAAGGAAGGGCAGAGCAGAGGAGCGCAUUUGCAAAGUAAUAAGUUCUCCAUGUUUACCCGAAGCCGAAGCACGGUUUCAGAUAUCAGCUGAAGGUGUAACUGAUGUUAAGGACUAAUGCAAAUUUGCUGAAUACUCUUUGUGAAUGCAUCAGCAGGCAGCUUGUAAUUUUUCAAUUGUAUAUUUUCAUUUUAUAUGCAAUCUGUAUUUCUAUUUUGUCAAAUUGUAUUUCUUUGUAAUGAAUCAUAUCUUGUGAUUCUUGAUGAUGUAAAAGAGAAUGCAAAGUUACUUGUUGGUUAUAUUUUAGACUAAAGUUUUUUUUU